AGUAUUAUAAUUGGAGAAGACUCCUUGAGGGUUACACAAAUAGAUCAAACAGUUGAUAAUCUCAAAUCUAGAGGAGAACAUGCAACCAGAAUUAUCGGUCUACCCAAUGAAGAAGAUAGAUUAGAAAAAAUUGAAAACGUGUUAAUAGAUAUUAACACAUACCUAGACAGAAUCGAAAAUCAUCUAUGGGAAACAAUUCCAUAUGACUCAUCAUUGA